AUGCAGGAAAGGAAGGUUCAUAUACGAAUACAAGAACCAACGUCAUUGAACAUGCCGGAUAAGCUUGUUAUUGUCAUGGUAGGGCUCCCAGCUCGCGGGAAGUCCUACAUUGCUCAACAAAUUGUUUCCUAUUAUCAAGAUGCGUUCAGUGACUCGUCGAGCUGCCGCCUUUUCAACGCCGGCAAAGAACGCCGGUCUAUGGCAAUCAACUCCUUGAAUUUGGCACCUGUGUCAAAGCUGUAUCGCACAAUUACAAGACAACCUCGCAGGCUUGAUGACGAGCGUGUGCACCACGACCACAUGCUACAUAGCAGUCCUGAGGACUCUGAUGGCGACGACGAUGCCGAGGAGGGGGAUGGAGAAGUUGGGCACUUGGCUGAUAAGCUACAGUCCAACCUCUCUUUGUUGACGCGCAACCCUGUACCGCCAGAAAUGCUGUUCGACACGGAAAAUAAUAUGGCUGUUAGUGCUCGGCAAGAGAUCGCACUUGCGACGCUACUGAAAAUGUGUAUAUGGCUGGAGACAGAAAUUUCUCAUCGCGUUGCUAUAUUCGAUGCCACUAACACGACAGUUGACCGUCGCUCCAUGAUUGUUGAUACUGUUCGUUCGCACACGUCGUCAACAACCCCGAUCAUUUUCAUUGAGAGUAUUUGCAAUGAUGCCGCUAUCAUCCAUAAAAACAUCGUCCACAAGGUGAACCAUUCCCCAGAUUAUAUGGAUAAAGUGGAUAAGGAGUGGUGUUUUCGCGAUUUCGAAGCUAGAUUAGAGAAUUAUGAGCGGGUCUACGAACCUUGCGACAUCGAAAAGGAGUUUCCGGAAGAAUCCUUUAUAUGUCAGAUACGAGUAAUUGACCAAGGAUCAAGCCUACCUUUACGGGGGCACGCAUCUUUGCUCCAUGAGAGUGCUCUAAUGAGGCUGUUGCAUGAAGUUUACAACAACUCUCUUCGGCCUUCAGAUUCCUUGCCCCGUGCUUUGGAUUCGAUUACAAAGGCCCAUUCCUCUUGCUCUUCAAGCUCCUCUUCCCUCUUCUCAAUGCCUGACCCAUCGCAUAGUGUUCACGCACUAGAACUAGAGAAGGUCGAUGAGCAUCGUGAAGAGGCAGAGUUCGAGCAGAAGGAGCUGCAGAAACUUAGUCGAAGGGUUUACGUUUCGACUUCCAAGACUGUCGAAAGUUAA